ACGUUUAAAUUGAAGUGUCAAAGUGUCAAGUCAAAGUAAUGUAUUUAUAUAUUGUGUAGGUGUAUUUUAUUUAAAUUAUUGAUAUAUAAGAAAAACGUAGUUAUAAAUAAAACAAACAAUAUCCCAAGAUGAUUUAACAUCUAAGCCUUCUAAUCAUCAUGUAUUCGUUAUUUGUUUUAUUAUUUUUAAUACAAGCAUCACGAACUUCCACAGAGGGAUACUGUGGAUCAUACCAUGGCAAUAUAUGCAAAAAUUAUAUUUUAAACACAAAACAAGUAUGGUACAAUAACAGCGGAGGAUACGAAAACGAAUUAAUAACUACGGCAUUGUGGGAUGAAUUAAUCCUUCCAUUAGAGGAACCAUGUCGUUCAGCAGCAGAAGAAUUACUUUGUUUCUAUGCAUUUCCAGACUGUAAUGUUUCUAAACCUCUUCCCCUUUGUCAUCAAGACUGUAUAGCUGUGAAGGAGCUUUUUUGCUACAAAGAUUGGGCUCUUAUAGAAGACAGAAAGGAUCAAGGUAUCUUUGUAAAAUCCAGAGGACAUUUUCGGCUACCAGACUGUUCAAUACUUCCGAAAUAUAACAAAAAUUCCGUCGAGUGUUCAUAUGCUGGAUUAACAGAAUUAAAAUUAGAUGAAGUCACUUAUGAUUGUGUGAAAGGUAGAGGUAGGUUCUAUCAAGGUAAAGUUAAUGUUACUAAAAACGGUAUUCCUUGCCAAAGAUGGGACUCUCAAACACCCCAUACUCAUGACUCGCCGCCAAAUAUCUUUCCUGAGUUAAAAAAUGCUGAAAAUUACUGUAGAAAUGCAGGAGGUGAAGAAAAGAGACCUUGGUGCUUCACUACAAAUCCUGAUUAUAGAUGGCAACAUUGUGAUAUACCUCGUUGUCCUAAUUCCACAAUAGAUGAAGUUGAUACUAAAACUAUAGCUAUGGAUCAACUAUUAUCCCCAACAUUUUUAAUAAUUGUGUCCACAGUAAGCCUUUUAGUACUUUUACUAAGUUUGUUAUUGAUACUACUAUGUUAUAGAAUGUAUAAACGACAUGCAAUGGGUUAUAAUGCCCCAGAGAUUGCUGAAGUAAAUAUAGAUUUAGAUAAAUUACCCAGUAAUAUGGCUUAUCAUAGUCAUGGAGCUACCUUGAAUCCAAAAUUGGAAAAGUUGGAAUUUCCUAGAAAUGAUAUAAUUUACAUUAAGGAUUUGGGACAAGGUGCAUUUGGAAGUGUUUUUCAAGCAAAAGCUCCAGGGUUGAUACCUGGUGAAGAAUUUACUAUUGUUGCAGUUAAAAUGUUGAAAGAAGAUGCAUCAGAUGAUAUGCAAGAUGAUUUUGAAAAAGAAGCUUGCUUGUUAGCUGAAUUUGACCAUCCAAACAUUGUUAAACUUCUUGGAGUAUGUGCUGUUGGUAGACCAAUGUGUCUAUUAUUUGAAUUUAUGGGAAAAGGUGAUCUGAAUGAGUUUUUGAGACAGUGCUCUCCAAGUAACUAUGUAGUACGAAGUGUAAUAGACAGUAACUCGCCUAGUAAAGACAUUUAUAAAGACAACCAAUUAAAUAAUUUGGAUAAGCUCAAUAUAGCUUUACAAAUUGCCUCAGGUAUGGUAUAUUUAUCCCAAAGAAAAUUUGUUCAUAGAGACUUAGCCACUAGAAACUGUUUGAUAAGUGAAGAUAUGGUUGUAAAGAUAGCUGAUUUUGGCUUAUCACAAAAAAUAUACCUCCAAGAUUAUUACAAAGGUAGUGACAGGGAUGCUAUACCAGUAAGGUGGAUGCCCCUAGAAAGCAUUCUUUAUAACAAAUAUACACCUGAAUCUGAUGUAUGGGCAUUUGGUGUGUGCUUGUGGGAAAUAUUUUCCUAUGCUCUACAACCGUACUAUGGGAUGACCCAUGAAGAAGUUAUCAAGUUUUUAAAAGAUGGUAAUGUGCUUGCAAGUCCUGACGGUUGUCCAGCUCCAAUUUAUGAAGUAAUGAAGCAUUGUUGGGGGCCCAAACCAGUUGAUAGACCUAGUUUUCAGACAAUUUACCAAACCAUGAUUGAAAUAAGGAAUAAUAUUCUUGCAAUGCCUUUACAUUGAGUAAUUAAUUUGAGGUUGACUGCUAAAAAAAUAUUAAUUUAAGUAUUAUCCAGAAUCUAACUGAAUUUCAAGGUUACUAGCAAUUUAGCUGCUCAAAAAAUAUGUUAGAUUAGUGUCUUGACUGGCAUCUCCAUGGGCAUUAUUAUUAGAUAUUAUAUUUCUUUGAACUAUUUUAACAGUGCAACCUUAAUAUAAGGAAUUACUUAGUUUAACAAAUUCUUCGUAAUCCCCUUAAAUUGUUCAUAAGAGUCAAUUUAAAAUAUACCUUUACAUUGCGAACAUUUUCUGAAAAUAACCUCUUUAUAACGACUGCCAAUAAAAAGUAUAAAUACUUGUAGUAUGUAAUUCAUGUUGUGACAGGCUUUUGUUCAUAAAACAAUCAUUGCUGUUUGAUUUGUUUAUCUCUUUAUAACAAGUUUUAGACCAAAAAAACCUCAACAUAAUAUUUCAACUAAUUACUUGAAAUAACGAAUAUUUACUUAUUCCCGAUUUGUUAUAUCGAGGUUGCACUGUGAUAAUAAUGUGUUUUUUUCCAAAAAUUAAAAAAAAUGCAGCUAUUAAAAAUAUAUUGAGAUAAAAAUAAAUUAGUGGUAUAAUAAUGAAAGGACAAUACUACUGCAACUGUCUUUCAUACAUUCCAGUCCAUAAUGUUCAAAAGAAAUAUGAAACAAAAUAUAAUUUGCAUGAUUAUAAUAAGUUGAAGUAUGUAAUUUUUAUAAUACAAAAAACAAAAUGGAAGUAUUGAAUGGAACAAAUAGAAUUUCGUUAAAAAAAUUUGAUAUCUGUUCAUAAUUCACCUAUAAAAGGGGGUUCACAAUUAUGUACAUUAAUUUCUAUUACUUUCAAAAGGGUACUUCUUUAUGCAAUCUAGAUAAUAAGGGAGAUUUAACCCUUCAAAUAGUCAAUUCAAAAUUUUGUUUUUUCAAAUAUCUGCCAAACGCUUUUGAUUACUAAGUUUAUGUUGUGGAAGUGAUCAAAAGACAUAACGAUGAUUCAUUUUAUGCCACCACUCAACUGAUUCUAUAAGAAAUAACAAAAGUACAUUAUGUACAUUAUAUCUAAAAUUGUAGUAUCUGUCAAUCAUUGCAGGAGGAAACUAUUUCUCUGAAUAUUUGAAAAUUUAUCAAAGAAUGUAAUAGGGUAAGUGGUGAUAUUUGAUGUCGUCAGAAAGUCGUCCUAUCUGCCAAAGUUGUCUCAUUUCUGUGUUUGUUAAGCACAUCCUCACUAACUACAGAGAAUGUUCUACCACAUACCAGCAGUUUGAUAUGAAAACCAACCUCAAGGAGACACUUUACUGCCCGACAGAAAUGAAAAAAAUCCUAGAGUUUAUUAAAGCAACCAAGCAGUUUGAGAAAAUAUAAUUAAUUUAUGUAUGGUAAUAGAUUAUGUAACAAUCCUUUAUUCAACUGUAUCAUAUGAUUGUUUUUGUGUGCCAAUGACCAGCGGUGUCGAGGCAAGUUAACUGAAAUAGAAAAAAAUUAAAACCGUUCGACAGAUAUUUGAAAAUAUAAGCUUUUAAUUCACAACUUUAAUCAUUGUACUCUAAUUUUUGAAUGUACUAUCAGUUCUUAAAAUUAAUAUACAUCGUUAAGGACAUACCUUUAUAUUUUGAUCUGUGAAAAUUAGUAGAUUUUAAGUUCUAUCAAUAUUUUCUGAUAAGUUCUCUAUGGUAUUGUGAUUUUGAGACGUCUUACAGCAAGUGUUCAAAUUUUAAGAUACCUUUUGUUUUAUAGGAACUUAUAAUGUUCCAUUUUAAUUUUAAAUAUUAUUAUAUUGGUACUUUAUUUAUUUUAAAAAUAUUGUAGAAUUAAUGUUACAUCCUGUUAUAUCUUAUACAUUUUUCAUGUUAGCUUUUUACAUUCCUUGUACCAUUUGUAUACUUUAAGUCAAAUUUGUAUUACAUAAGUAAAUAAUGUUGUAUUACUUAAAUAUGAAUUUGAAAUUUGGAAACUUUUUAUUGUCAUUAGAAAAUAUUAAUGUAAGAAGUGAAUGUGAUCUUAUAUAUAUAUUUAACUACUACCAAUAUGUAAUAUCAAACAAUACUAAUAUGAGUUUCGUGAUGAGAUACUUUACCGCACUAGUGGAAUGAACUCAUGAAUAAAAAAUUGAACCUCAUUUAUUAUAAUAAUUAAACACAAAACCUGUUCAAUUAGUGAUAUGUAAUCCAGCUGAAGUGGCAUUUGAAGAAUUGUAGUUUUCAAUUUCAAUUGAAUUGUUUUCCGCUUCAAAAAAGCCAAUAGCUGUGAAUAUUUACUUAUGUCCACAUUUUUCUUCACAGAUAUCGUUGUUCUCAGCAUACUAUAAUGUGUCCAUAAUGAUGUUGCCUUUUUUUUCCAGCAUUCUCAGCAAAAUAAGCUAAUAAAAUUUUUUCCGAUAUCUUAGCGGGUACUAGGGUUUAUAUUGUAUUAUUUGCAGCAAGUUUUAUAUCAGAAUCCACACUUUCUUAGUCGGAACUCAUGUCGAUAUAAUUAUACCAAACGUCAAAAUUGACAGUUCGCAAAAUAAAUCAACAAUGAGCGCAACGUUUGCUUGUUACAUGAUUCUAAUAUCAUUAAUUUCAGGAAUAUUAACUAAUUUUGAGUAAAUAAUUAACAUUAUUGGUAGUAGGUAAAAUAAUGUACUAUAUUCGUAUCGUAAAUUCAUACUACAAUAAUCAAUUCCCCAUCUCAUUUCGUAAUAUGAAUCUUUACGACACUUAUAUCGUAAAUAUUUAUUACCGUAUUAUGUAAUUUAUUGUAAUAUUACUUACAACGAUUUUUACACUCCUUAUUAUUGACCAAAAAAUAUGUUAAGGAUCUUUUAGCUGCGUGUAGGUGUUCGAUAUAAGUACAUAUAUAAGUAUUUAAUUUUUUAUAUUUUUAAAUGUUUAAAUAUACAUUUUUAAA